AUAAUCUAAUAUUCGUACUAUAGACGUACCAAAUAUUUAUGUAUAUAAAAACAACCUUGUUUAAUUUGUAACAAACUUAUUUAUCACACAUGUCCACAUCUAGUUAUCUGAACUACCAGUGUCGAGAUAUCUGGUGAUAACCCGUAAAAAUGUUUGUACUUCGAAGAAAAUAGCUGCGAAGGCAGAGCAGUCUCAUCCUACAUUUUGGCGGAAUAUUUAACGAAAAUGUAUUUAAUUUUUUGCUACCUGUGUUACUGCUUAAUAGCAAUAACAGUUGUGUCAAUAACGUUGUUUUUAAUAGUGUGCAAAAUAAUAAAUGGUUAUUGGGAAAGGAAAGGUGUUUUUACUUUAAAACCGAAAUUAUUCUUCGGCAAUGCUCAAGACGUAGUUUUUCACAAAAAAUCUCUAGGGGAGCAAAUUAAGGCAUUUUAUGAUAAACUGAAUUUGAACGGAAAACAGUUUGGUGGCUACUACUUCCUGAUGCGCCCUAUACUUGUGGUAUCAGACUUGGAACUAAUAAAAAGAGUGCUGAUUACAGAUUUCGACCAUUUCACUGACCAUCCCAUGUAUACUAACGGAACGAACGAUCCGUUAACCGGGAACUUAUUCGCUCUUAAGGGUGAAAAAUGGAAAAAACAAAGAGUGCAUUUAAGUUCUGCGUGCAAUACAAAGACGUCUAAAGUGAUGUUUGACACUAUACUCUCUUGUUGUAAGGAAAUGGAAAUGACAAUUGACAAUAAAGUUGAAAGUCGCGAAGUUGUCGAUAUCGUACCUCUACUAUGUAAUGUGAACAUGACAAUCUUGCUGGCCUGUACUUGCCAAUUGGAAUUCAACGACCUUAAACAUUUGUCUUCGACCUUAUACAAUUACUGUAGUAGUAUUCUGCACAGUCAGACAACGUGGGAUUCUAUAGUAAAUCUAAUGUCCUUUAUUUUUCCUCAGUUCUUUACUAUUUUAAACGUAAAGGCAUACAGUGAGGAGAUGACAAGCUUUUUUGUAUCACUAGUUAAUGACAUAGUACAACAUCGACAAGCAAAGAACAUCAUACGGAAGGAUCUGAUGGGUCUACUAAUCCAAUUAAAAAGUGAUAAAGAGGUAACCCUAAACCACAAAGAAAUUGCAGCUCAGUUGUUUAUGUUUCUCGCCGCCGGCCACGAAACCUCGUCGAUAACAUCUGCUUUCUGUAUGUAUGAGUUAUGCAUAAACCAGUAUCUACAAGAUAAAGUAAGAGAAGAAAUCAAUUUGACAUUACUAGGCACCAACGGAGUAAUUUCCUUCGAUGAUCUUUCGAAAAUGAAGUAUGUCGACCAAUGUAUUUACGAGACAUUGAGGAAAUAUCCAAGCAUGGUGAUACAUAGCAGAGUUUGUACGAAAACGUAUGUGAUUCCCAAUACAAAUGUUACGAUAACAAAAGGAACUCCAUUGUUUAUACCAACUUAUGGACUUCACAUGGAUCCCCGUUACUUUCCAAAUCCGGAAACAUUUGAUCCGGAUAGAUUUUCAGAAAACACCACAUCGGAUCGGCCUUCAUGCUCGUUUUUACCGUUUGGAGGUGGUCCGCGGACGUGUAUAGCUUACAAAUUUGGAUUGGUGCAAGUGAAGCUGGCACUGGUUACGUUACUGAGACGCUAUAAAUUUUCUUUGCACCCUUCCACAAAAGUACCAAUGGAACACGACCCCAAGCAUUUCGUGGUAUAUCCCACGACGCCUAUACUAUUGUACGCCGAGAAGAUAUAAUUCAAAAUUUCACUGUGGCUGUGGCUACACCUAUAUAGUAACAUAAUAGUCAAAUAUAAUGGUAAAUGUUUCUGGAGAUAUUUUAGUGGUAUUCGUAAAUGUAUGUAAAAAUAAAUG